GUUCAAUCCAGGAACUUACAUUUUGACAUAACAAUUUCUCAGCAGCAAGCAGCAGUGAUGGACUGGAAAGAUGAUGAUGGAUGCCAUUCUCAUAGUCACAUGAAGGACAACUGCCAUGGGCAUGGUGGGCACUCCCACAGCCAUGGGCCCGGAGGACAUGCUUUCGGUGGACACGGUGGUUUUAUGCCAGGGUUCCAUGGCCAAUUUGGAUCAAGGAGUGAAGCUAUGAUGGACCCCACGCAGCAACCUAAGAAGUACUCUCAUGUUGAGGACAGCAGUAGCUGGGAUAUUGUCAAAGCAACACAGUUUGGAGCCCUAGAGCGCUGUAAGGAACUUAUAGAAGCUGGCUAUGAUGUGAGACAACCCGACAAAGAAAAUGUAACAUUAUUGCACUGGGCAGCCAUUAACAACCGCAUGGAAGUGGUCAAAUACUACAUUUCAAAAGGUGCUGUUGUAGACCAACUAGGUGGCGAUCUCAACUCCACACCACUCCAUUGGGCCAUAAGGCAAGGCCAUCUCUCCAUGGUGAUCCAGCUCAUGCGGUAUGGGGCUGAUCCUUCAUUGGCUGAUGGGGAAGGUUAUCGUGGCCUCCACCUGGCUGUUCUCUUCCAACAUAUGCCAAUUGCUGCUUACCUUAUGGCUAAGGGACAGGAAGUGGAUGCACCAGAUGUAAAUGGGCAAACAUCUUUGAUGCUGGCGGCACAGAAAAUUAUUGGACCUGAGCCCACAAAUUUCCUGCUCAAGUGCAAUGCUUCAGUGAACGCAGUGGACAAGGAGAACAGAAACUCACCCCUGCACUGUGCCGUGCUGGCCGGCAACGUGGAUGCCGCACAUCUCCUGCUGGAGGCUGGAGCUAGCACUGACCUGGAGAAUGCUAAUGGACAUACUCCUUUAGACUUGGCCCAUCAGGUACACAGUCCUUUACUCAUUCACAUGCUCAACGUGGUGAAGAAGGAGCGGAUCAAAUCCAGCUCUUCCUGCAUCCGCAUCCUCAACAAAUACAGGUUUUACCUAGUGUGUGUCUUCAGUGUGUUUGCUGUGUGGGCUGUGGGAGCCAUUUUGGACAUGGAGACAGAAUCUUGGCUACUCAAAGGAGUGCUGCUGGCCUGUCUUAUUGCUGUAGUCAAUCUGGUCUCAAGGCAGUUAACGUAUGGUACUCUCCAGACCAUGGUCCCACCCACAGCGUUUAUGGCCUCUGUGUUCUGGAUGCUGGUCACGUGGUGCCUGUGGUUCAUUCCUGAUGGCCCCAGCGCUACAGUACAGGUGCUGUCCACCCUAAGUGUGACAGCUUUGCUGUACUACUACCUUCGCAGCUGCAGGACAGACCCAGGGGUCAUCAGAGCAACAGAAGAGGAGAAGAAGAAGAACAUCGUGGUGCUGGCAGAGGCAGGGUGUCUGGACCCCAGGAUAUUCUGCACUUCCUGUAUGAUGAGGAAGCCAAUGAGAGCCAGUCACUGCAUAUCCUGUAAUGCUUGUAUUGCCAAGCAGGACCAUCACUCCAUCUGGAUCAAUAACUGCAUUGGUGCCAGGAAUCACUACUACUUUGUGCUCUUUCUUCUGUCUUUUAAUCUCUUUGGUGUGUGGAUGUUCUAUGGGAGUAUUUCAUUCUGGUCCAAGCACUGUCCACUGCACUAUGCAGAGGAGGGUGUAUGGGGUGUAGUCACGGGCCUGGUGGGCUGCUCUCCCUGGGUACUCUAUAUCUUCUCCCUGACCUUCUUCCACAUGUCCUGGGCCAGCAUCAUGCUUGUGCUGCAGCUCUAUCAGAUAGCUUUCCUUGGCCUGACCACAGCUGAGAGAUCCAACCUGAUAUUCCGGCAGAGGAAGCUUCCACAGGCCUUCUCACUAAGACAAAACCCAUUCAAUUUGGGAGUGAUGCGGAACCUGGUGAAUUUCUUCCAGUUGCGCUGCUGUGGUUUGUGUAAACCAGUGGUGGUGGACUGGACCCAGCAGUACGCUGUGGGCUUUAACAGGGGGCACCCCAUGUUCAGUGACCAAGAUGCUGUCUGACCCAUGGGGCUAAUGGCCUACUCAGGGACAGAGAGCAGUAUCUCCCAGGCACCUGGAUCAAGCAGGGGACUUACCUAUUCAGUUUGUUUUAACACGACACAGACAAGACUGUGAGAUGAAGGGAAAGGAACUGGAUGAAACCGAACACGUUUUCUGUGUUCAUUUGCCUUAUACUAGAACAUAUUUGAC